UCCAGCUUUAGUGCUUGUGCUCCAGAAGACAGGAAGAAGCCGUGUUUUGGAGCUAGCGAAACGAUUAACCACUCGUUUAUAAAAAAGACAGAACCCCUUAAACGAAAAGGUAAAUGCAAAACGCUAGCCUCAUUUGUCGCCGUUUUUAAUCCCCACCCCCUUGUUCGGACUGAAUCGCACAGAAACGUCCCGCGCCUGCCUGCCAAUCCUGCCCUACCCUGCGACAAAAUCUAAUCUGGGUAAGUGGGGAUACGGAGGAUGGAGUCGUGCUUGUAUGAUUGGCCUCGACAGUCACUGAUCUCAAGGAAUAUUGUGUGUUAGCCACCCUGCAUAGCGAUCUAUAAAAAGGAAGCCCCGGCAAAUUAUUUAUGAUGGCACAGAGUGGAGUCUGCGCGCUGCCUUCCUGCUGAAUCGCGAGUCUCGUAGAGGGGACCAUCGCCGCAAUCGAAGGGAUCAAUUUUUCAAGCAAUGGCCAAACACUACUGACAUAUGUAUUCCAUGGGAACAUAAAAAUCAGCUGUGAGUCUGAAUUAGUGCGGCAUGUCAACGAGGAGCAGGGAGGGGUGCCUGUAUGCUACACAGCACACAUUAAAGCAGAUUAAUGGAAAACUUAUCAACAGCUCGAAACAGCUGCUACAGAGAGCAAGAGCUGGCAAAGACAAAGUUCCAGAGUGGUCUCCUAUGAUGGAGGGUGGAAUGCAGCUCCUCAACAGGGAUGGCCACAGUAUCUCUCAUAAUUCCAAGCGGCAUUACCAUGACUCAUUUGUGUCCAUGAACAGAAUGAGGCAACGUGGACUGCUAUGUGAUAUUGUUCUCCACGUGGGAACCAAAGAGAUUAAGGCUCACAAAGUGGUGCUGGCAUCCUGCAGUCCUUACUUCCAUGCAAUGUUUACAAAUGAAAUGUCAGAAAGUCGACAGACACAUGUGACUUUGCAUGAUAUCGACCCUCAGGCCUUGGAACAGUUGGUGCAAUAUGCCUACACUGCAGAAAUUGUAGUUGGAGAGGGAAACGUCCAGACUCUCCUACCUGCAGCCAGCUUACUGCAGCUCAAUGGGGUUCGGGAUGCUUGCUGCAAGUUUCUGCUCAGCCAGCUUGAUCCAUCUAACUGCCUUGGUAUCCGGGGAUUUGCAGACACCCAUUCCUGCAGUGAUUUGCUGAAGUCAGCACACAAAUACGUCCUUCAGCAUUUUGUGGAAGUCUCCAAGACGGAAGAGUUCAUGCUGCUACCUCUGAAACAGGUACUUGAUCUCAUUUCUAGUGACAACCUCAAUGUUCCCUCAGAGGAGGAAGUGUACCGUGCUGUGCUGAGCUGGGUGAAACAUGACAUUGACAGCCGGAGGCAGCAUGUCCCCAGGCUGAUGAAGUGUGUAAGGUUGCCCUUGCUGACCAGAGAUUUCCUUAUGAGUAAUGUGGACACUGAGCUACUUGUGCGGCACCAUUCAGAAUGCAAAGACUUGCUAAUUGAGGCGCUGAAAUACCAUUUGAUGCCUGAGCAGAGAGGAGUGUUGAGUAACAGUCGUACCAGGCCCAGGAGGUGCGAAGGAGCAAGUCCUGUGCUAUUUGCAGUAGGUGGUGGGAGCCUGUUUGCAAUUCAUGGCGACUGUGAGGCAUAUGAUACCAGGACAGACAGAUGGCAUAUGGUGGCAUCCAUGUCUACAAGGCGAGCUCGGGUUGGUGUAGCUGCCAUCGGAAACAAACUGUAUGCUGUUGGAGGGUAUGAUGGCACUUCUGAUUUGGCUACUGUGGAGUCCUAUGAUCCUGUCACCAAUUCGUGGCAGCCAGAGGUUUCCAUGGGAACUCGACGCAGCUGUUUGGGUGUGGCAGUGUUACAUGGCCUCCUCUAUGCAGCUGGAGGCUAUGAUGGAGCCUCCUGCCUAAACAGUGCAGAAAGAUUUGAUCCUCUAACAGGUACCUGGACAUCUAUAGCAGCCAUGAGCACAAGAAGGAGAUAUGUUCGGGUAGCCACUUUAGAUGGAAAUCUCUAUGCUGUUGGAGGAUAUGAUAGCUCUUCCCACCUUGCAACAGUAGAGAAAUAUGAUCCACAGGCAAAUGCAUGGAGUCCGAUUGCUAACAUGCUCAGCCGCAGAAGCAGUGCAGGAGUAGCCGUUUUGGAAGGCAUGCUUUAUGUGGCCGGAGGGAAUGAUGGGACAAGCUGUCUGAACUCAGUGGAGAGAUAUAACCCAAAAACAAAUACUUGGGAAAGUGUUGCUCCAAUGAACAUACGAAGAAGUACACACGAUCUUGUGGCAAUGGAUGGGUGGCUUUAUGCCGUGGGAGGCAAUGACGGAAGCUCCAGCCUCAACUCCAUUGAAAAAUAUAACCCUCGCACCAACAAGUGGGUUGCUGCUUCUUGCAUGUUUACCCGGAGGAGCAGCGUUGGAGUAGCCAUUCUUGAACUUUUAAACUUUCCUCCUCCCUCAUCUCCAACCCUUUCUGUGUCUUCAACCAGCCUUUGACAAAGAAUGAUAUUUCACCUUACCUCUGCUGGAUUCCAGUGUUUGGCAAAAAGAAGGAAUUGCUCUGUAUAAACAUGUGCUCACAAUUUAAGCCAGCUUCUGGAAAGCAAAAUCCUGGAGACAACUGCAAGAGGUGCCCAGAUUCACACAGACAUUAGACUGUUUGUCAUAAUGUGUAUCAUAGUUAUGUGUACACUAGUUCAGAUUUACUUAGUUUUAGCCUAAGUUAAAGAAUGGUUGGCUUGGGAAUGUCACUUUGGACUGGUUCUGCACUGCAUGCUUGCUGUCAUUUGGUCAUUUAGGCACACAUUUACUUUUGCAGUACUUCUUUUCUCCAGCAGGUGGGGCUACCUCCCAUUCUGGAAGAACCUCCAGUAACCUUGACAAACUAGUGCUGCAAUUUUUACCCUGAAGUUGAAAUAAUGGUGAAAAAAAUCCACACACACAAAUACAAGUUAAAAGCAGUAAAAAUGAAAAAAGAUUGUAAUUCCCCUUGAUUACUUAAUCAUUUAUUACAAAGGUAUAUCUACUACAAAAACCCAUUUAUUUGAUAUUGUACCCUUUGAUAUUCCAUUCAGAAAUGAAACUGUUUAUAUAUUUGUAAAGUUAAAUACGUGAAUGAUUGUAAAUGUGAUAGUGUUUCCUAAAUUCAAGAAUAACAGAUGGUGCCACUAAAUAAGCUCAAUCAUUGAAGGAAAUAUUAAAUAGGCCUUUUUUAACAUAGCCAAUAUCCUGCCAAGCACUAAAUAAAUAAUAAAUGUUUAGUCAUUGCAGGAAUUUAUUGAAGGCAAAACAUCAGAAGGCUCAUCGUUAGUGUAAGGUCAGGAGCGAUGACCAUUAUACUGCCUAUUUCUAAAUGCUCACUCCUGCCAUCUGCGCUACUCCUGUGGUGGAAUUUGCCAUUUCAGCAUACCGAUAUGCAAAGCAAACCAAAUUUUAUUUCCAGAAAUUUGACUUUAUUACAUUUAGGCAGCUCCUGAUGAGUUUCUGUCUACAUUAAGACUUCUAAUAAAAAGUCAAAUAAAAUGAUGAACCCAAACAAAAGAAAAAAGCACCAGUGUGCAGUGUGGGUACAGCAGUAUUUAAUGAAAUCAUUCAUUUUACUCUAAUUCAGGAAAAUAAGAGCAGCUUAUUUUGGGUUGAUACACAGUUCACGUUUUCAUGUUUUUUUGUUUGUGAAUUUGUUUUUUAAUCUAAGUACUGUAUUGUGUGAUGCACGCCACUAGUUAAAGAAAGAGAAAACAGAUUUUCAAUCUUUUCCAUUUAUCGUCUACUGCAUUUUAUUAGCGAUUAUGGCUAAUAUGGGUGGGUACCAAACAAGCCAGCCUUUGAAGCUAAUACGACUUUAAUUUGCACAUGGUAUAUUAUUGUGUUAUGUUAUUUUAUGAUUGGUGCACCACUAAAGUGACUGCUUGGUCCGAAGAUCUAGAAGUCCUUCUUAAUCACUAAUUUAUUUCUAUAAAAACCAAUAUGUAGCUGCACACGUGUGACCGGUUUGGACACUAGUGAUUUCAGGCGGUAUAUGCUUUCACUGAUAUUUUGAUUGAAUGGAUGUUUAUUGAUGCCUGGCAGGCCCAGGAUGUGUAACUCCUCAUUCCCCUCUAUAUCUUAUUUUGCCUUAUAUCGCAUCCUCCUCUUCAGAUAGUUUUAAAUGUAGAAGACCAAAGUAAUAGGAGUUCAAGUAACUCAAAACAGAGACUAGAUUCCAUGACCUUCCCAGCUAACUCUCCCAAGGCCUGUACCCUAUUUUAAGCAAUUAAGCAUAUGCAGCAUUUAUUUUAUUUAAUCAAGCACUUUUUAGUAAAGUGAUAAAUCAAUGAUUUAUUACUGUAGCUUAUUUUCAUGUCUAGAGCACUGUAAAAGAGGGUGUGGACAGUGUCAACUGGGCACUGAUGAGAUCUCCUUCAUCUCGAUUGCCAUUUUGUAAGAACAUAAACAAGUUAUCACUGUGAGCCUUAUGGGAUGACUGCAUUCCUACUCUUUUAAUGAAAGACCUGUGUCUAUAUACUGAUAUGAAUUUUGGGUAGGCUUUCAGUCAGUCAUCUUCUACUUUAACAAACAUUUAAAAAUAAGCAAGUGGCAUUAAAGAUGUAUUAUAAACUGCACUGAAUGUCCAUAGAAGUAGUUCAUGAAGUGAAUGAGAUGGGCCACAUUAAGAUAGCUCAGCACAAAAAGCAGGCUUAUGUUUCAUCCAGGAUUUGUUCCCUGAUUUAUGUUUGCUUUUUGUCUUGUUGGUUAUUUCCUUUGUUUUUGAAUUAUUC